AUAAAUAAUACGUUUUUAGUGAGAAUGGAGAUAGAUUAUAACGAUCUAAGUAUACCUGCUCCUUGGGGGAAAGUUUCAGUGGCUACAUGGGGCUCCCCAUCCAGCCCACCAGUGCUGCUAAUGCACGGCAGACAAGACAGUGCGGCCACAUUUGUCGCGCUCGUGAGACUCCUGCCAACGGACCACUAUUAUGUUGCAGUUGACCUGCCAGGACAUGGAAGAUCAGAUCCCUACCCCAAAGGUCUGGUGGGAGCAAGAUUUCACUACGUACACACUGUGGACAUAGUGGUAAAGCAUAUGGGCUGGAAGAAAUUCGUCUUCAUAGGCCACUCCAUGGGCUGUGAAAUUGGUUUAUUCUACAACGCAGCAAAUCCAGGUCGUAUAAACGCGUUCAUCCUCCUGGACCCAGGACCCACGUUCCAGCGGCUACAGCAGCCGGAUCAUGUGCGCUUUUACAAACACUACUAUGCCAGAUACUAUGGGAAUUAUAAAAGAUACAAUGGGCCCGGUUUAGUGUACACAAAGAGAAAAAUCCUAGAUAACGUGAUGAAGGGCCGCCAGUUCAAUGAAGAGCAGGCCGAAGUAGCUCUUUCUAGAAACCUGGUGCAGAUCGGGGAUGAUAAAUAUAGGUUAACAACAGACUCCAGGUCUAAAUACUGCGUGCCACAAAACUUUCCAAACGACUACUACAUUCACCUAUUCACUAACAACGCUCCCCCCACCCUUAUAACAGCAAUGAGUCACGGUUCCCGCGGUGUUAAGAGGGGGAAAGAAGGCGCUGACGAGUUAUUAGAAGCAAAGGAAAAUAAAAUUCGUGUUUUUAAAAGAUUAGAACUGAUAGGUGGACAUGAUCAUCAUGUGACACAUCCUGAGGAAUUGAUAGCACCGAUUGAAGAGUUUUUGAGGGAGCACUCUAGUCAGGUCCAGUCGAAGUUGUAGGCAAAAGCUAUUAGACUAGUAAAAAUAUGAUAAAGAAGAGCCCAAUUGUAUUUACAACAGUAAAUCAAAUAGGUUUUUUUUGUUUUAGCCAAAAUACUUUGUUUGGUAUAAGUUUACCUAAUAUUAUAAUGACUUAUAAAGUUGACGAUAUUUUAUAUGGGCAUACGGGUAUUACACAGUGCAUAGUAAUUAUUUCUUGGUGAGGUUAAUUAUACAGGUUUAAGGUAAAAAUUAGUAGCAGGCGUCUGUAAAUAAAUAGCAAAGUAUGACAUUCAGGCAUUAUUUCUCAGUCUCAUUCACGCCUGUGUAAAAAAAAAACUUAUGAGCUAGGUACCUUUAUUAACUACUUUUAAGGCCAACACACUUCAUAAAGAUUA